AGCCGUUUUCUUUUGCUCACCGCGCGUGGAUUUACAACCUCCGCGUCUUUCCACUACAAACACUCGCUACUUAUUCCGCCAUGGCUCAGAUCGUUCAGACCCCUCAGCAGCAGCAGCAGCAGCAGCACUCUGAGACUCUGAGGUUCACCCGGAUGUGCAAGUACUGGAGCAACAACAAGUGCAACAUGGGCGCCAACUGCAACUUUGCUCAUGACCAGCGUGAACUUCGUGCGCAGCCUGACCUGGUGGCCACGCGCUUGUGCUUCCAGUUCUCCCGCAAGGGCCAGUGCAAGAACGGCGACGCCUGCAAGUACGCCCAUGGGAAGUCAGAGCUGCGACGUUUGCAUCCUCAGUCGACAGCGUCGACGUUGCAACUCCCGAAGAUGCCGGUCUUUCCCAAGGAACCCAAGGCCGCGGGACAGGUGAUGAAGGCUCCUCCUGGCCUCGUCGCUGUGGCGCCUCCACCGGGGUUGGAGUUGGAAGAAGCAACACCG